GCGCUGCGCGCUGCCUGGCUCGGGCUGGCCUGCGCUGCCGCUCCUUCCCUACCGGGGCGUGGAAGACCAUUUCUCUCCAAGUGCUAGGACUCGGGCCCAGGCCACAGCAAGGGACUGCGCGUCCUGCUGUCCCGAGGACCUCGCUUGGGCGCCAAGAUUCCAAUCCCUGUCCCCUUCCCCAAUAAAUUAGUCUUUCUUCCCUGUAGGUGAGUCCAGUGACCUCAGAGCUCCGAAGAGUUUGGGGCUUGAAUCUAGUCUCAUGUCUACUCAAAGGUCUCUGGAAUUUGAGAUUCCUGAAGAGCGGCACUAAGAAGGACUCGAAAUCGCCGGCCUCCGGGCUUUCUUCUCUCCAGAUUCGAAGAUCCCUUCCCUGCCUCCUCAGACUCACUAGACUGUUCGAGGUGCCAUGGUCUCCAAACCCAGGAGUGAAUGGAGUACCCUCCUGUCCCACCUGGUGCUGGCAGCCGUGUCUCUGCAUGCGGCGGUGAGCUCCGUACAGUCCAGCCGAGGAGCUGCUGCUGGCUUCCUGCUCCAGACCUUUGCAGCCAUCGCUAUGUUGGCCCCGGGGCUGAACACACACGAAGACUGUCUCGCUGGAGCUUGGGUUGCCACGGUCAUCGGUCUGCCUCUUCUGGCCUUCGACUUUCACUGGGUGAAUGGGGACCGCUCUUCUGCCAACCUGCUCCUGGGAGGAGGCAUGGUGUUGGCAGUAGCUGGUGACCACCUUGGCCCUGAAGGGUGCUCUGUGGCCGGGCAGGCAGUGCUGCUGGUGGUGGCCGUGACCAUCCUUAUUGUAGCUGUCUUCACGGCCAACACUUACGGGAUGUGGGGGGGUGCCAUACUGGGCGUGGCGGGGCUCCUGAGCCGCCUGGAAGAGGACAGGCUGCUGUUGCUGCCCAAGGAGGAUGUCUGUCGCUGGGCCCUGGCUGCGGGCAGUUGGGCCUAUUGCCGGGCCCUGCAAACACAGCGUCCACAGUGGGAGUGAUGGUGGGCCUCACACAGCAAGGCGGGGCUUCUGUUCCAGGUACUACUUCCCUCCUCCUGGCCUAUGUUAGGGAUAGGAUUUCUUUCCUCUGGAAGUGAGCCCCCUGUGGACUCACUAAUCAGGGGCAGAGCGUGGGUGCGCUGUCCCUUCUCUGGUCGUGCAUGUGUGGAAGCUUGCCUAAACCAGAAUGCAACAGGUCUUCAGCACACUUGGGGCCCGAUUCUGGGAGGAACAUGGUUGUGAGUCAGAGGCCGGAUUUCCAAUAAACCUUAGGAAUAUACAGGA